CAAACCAAUAAUUCCAGAAACACUUGCUUUCGAAGCGAAGAUUUUAGUAUUAAUUAAACUGGAAGUCGAACUGAUUCUUUUUAAUACAAUUUAAAAUUUAGAACAAACUCUUAAAUAGGUAAUGAAAUCAGUAGAUUUAUCAUAUCGUUAAUUUAAAUAAAUAUUACUGUGAUUCCUACUGUAAAAAAAUGGAAAUGAAUGAAUGAAAAAGAAAUAGUUAUAAAAAUAAUUUAGGUCUGAAAGGUUCAAUGAAAAUUUACUUAAAUCAUCAUGAAAAGACAAAAUGUUCGAACUCUUUCGUUGGUCGUAUGUACAUUUACAUAUCUUCUUAUUGGAGCAGCAGUAUUUGAUGCAUUGGAGUCUGAUACUGAGAGCAAAAGAUGGGAAAUACUAUCAGAUAUGAAAAAUGGUCUUGUGCGAAAAUACAAUAUAACACCUGAAGAUUACCACAUGAUAGAAAUAGUUAUUAUAGAGAACAAACCCCACAAGGCUGGACCACAAUGGAAGUUUGCUGGAGCCUUCUAUUUCGCUACCGUUGUACUUGCGAUGAUUGGCUACGGACAUUCCACACCAGUUACAGUGGGGGGAAAGGCAUUCUGUAUGGCUUAUGCGAUGGUCGGCAUACCACUGGGUCUAGUUAUGUUUCAAAGUAUUGGCGAGCGUCUAAAUAAAUUCGCUUCAGUUGUUAUUAGGCGUGCUAAGUGCUACCUCCGCUGCAAUACGACUGAAGCCACAGAGAUGAAUCUUAUGUUUGCAACUGGUAUGCUUUCAUCCAUCAUUAUAACAACAGGAGCUGCAGUGUUUUCUCGUUACGAGGGUUGGAGUUACUUCGACAGUUUCUACUAUUGCUUCGUAACGCUAACAACUAUCGGCUUUGGGGAUUAUGUUGCUUUGCAGAACGAUCAAGCAUUGACAAGCAAACCAGGCUACGUGGCACUGAGUCUCGUGUUUAUAUUGUUCGGUCUGGCGGUGGUCGCGGCCAGUAUCAAUCUGUUGGUGUUGCGGUUCAUGACUAUGCAAGCGGAGGAGAACGCUCGCGAUGAAGACAAAGAUGGCUCUAGAAUAAUGUUGCCAAUAGACGGACACCAGCUCGCAGGGCGGCAGCGAUCGCACGAGGACCAGGCUUCCGUACUUAGCCUUGAAGUCACCGUAUGUUCGUGCAACUGUCUCGGUAACAAGCAGUGUGAGGGCGGAGCCCUACUGCCGGCGGCUCGUCCGCUGCGAGCGCUGAAGAAGCGCGCCUCGCUCGCGCCUGAACUCGUCGAACGAGCUUCGGUCUAAUGUAUCGAACUUUAAUUUUAUAAUUACAUCGAUGCCAAUAUUGUUGUCAAUCUCGAAACCAGUCAAAUUUGACAGGAUGACAUGGCAACACUUCAUGCCUUGUUUAUUCACAUAAUAUACCUAAGGUAGGUUUUUAUGAUCUAGUUUGUAAGUCGAAGUUAAAGAUUAUAAUUUAUUUUGUUCUAUUUAAACUUUUGCGAUGUGUGUUACCCACUUUAUAUAUUAUAUUCUGACUGACCACAGUUAAUGUCUGCUGAUGACCAGGUAAUUAUGUAGAAAUAAAAGUAAGUAACAGCCUGUAAAUGUCCCACUACUGGGCUAAGAUUCUACCUUUUGAAAAGAAUUUGGAGCUUAUUCGACCACGCUGCUUCAAUGCGGGUUGAUGGAUACAGGCAUCGAGCAAAAUAAGAAAGAAUGAUCAACCCGAUAUUGGUUAAACACAAAUAUUUUAUACAUAAAGUUUUUUAUACUUAUGAUUUUGCGACAAAAAAAAAUCUGUUUACAUUUUUAUGAUACGUAUCAUAUUUUAAGCAAACAAUCUUACCUGUUUUAAAAUUGUUAGUUUUAGAAUAAUCACAAGUUGUAGAUAUAUUCUUUAAGAACAAACUCGUGACUCGUCGCAGAAAACUGUCGUGAAAUCUCAGAUACGACAUUCAUCGUUAUAAUCAUAACAUUUCAAUAAUAUACGCAUCAAAAUAGUAUAUCAACAAAAGUCGGUUUUCAGCAUUACACGAAAAGUUAUAAAGUGAGUUCUUACAGAAUAGCACUACAGUUUUGUGUAUAUAAGACUUCCAUUCCAGCUGAAGCUUGUGAU